AUGGCAAAUAACGUCGCAAUUUUUCUACACGUGAUAGCACACACAUUUCUGAAAAAGGAAGCUGGAUUUAACCUGUGUUUGAAUGAAAGAAAAGCUCGUGUACAAAAAAGAUCAAAUCAGAGAGAAACAACUUCCCCAGAAAUUCAACCGUUGUGGGUGCCGCAGAAAACCUCGAUGAGAACGACCAAUUUACCUGACAACAUUUGCAACGCCGAGAUGGAGAUAGAACCAGCUACAAUGUACGUGGUCAAGCCAAAUGAAAACGGAAGUUAG